CCUCGCUUAUCGACUGUCAUGUUACGAAAUACUCCCUUUUCUACCAACAUGGCAGACAAGUUACCCUCAGGGGUCAACACAGAGCGGGGAGAAGGAGACAGCCCAGAGAAACGGAAACUGGCUGAUGAUGACAGUGAGACAGCGCCACCUGUGAAGAAAAAGUUCUCCAUGGGUUUCAGUUCGAAACUCACUGAUGCCAAGAAGAGUCCAGUCAUACAGAUUGCUCCAAAACAAGCUCCAGCACCAAUUAAGAUGUCUCUAUCAACACAGAAACCCAAAGACUGCCCAGCUACGAAUGUAUUACGGAAGAAUGCUAAAGUAGCUGCUAUAUUUAAUCCAGAUGAUGAGAGUGAUGAAGAAGAAAUGCCACCUGAGGCUAAGAUGAGGAUGAGAAACAUAGGAAGAGAUACACCAACUGCUGCAGGGCCCAAUUCAUUUGGUAAAAACCGACUUGGAUUUUGUGAUCGCCAGAAGAUUAUGGAGCGAGAGUUGAAGGCAAAGAUGGAUAACCUGGGAGAGAAAAAAUGAACUCUAUGAGAUACAAAUGUGAUAAAACUGCCAUGGAAAGUGGUAGCUCCCUCAGACCGGAACACCAUUUUCUUUCCAACAUACAUAGGCUGAAGGUGAUCACAUCCAGCUGCUGGCUACAUGCUCUUUGUGUUAUGUUUAUCAAUGUACAGCUUUAGUGGCAUUGCAGAGAGCAUAGAGACUUGGCAUAUGUGAGCAUGGCACGAGGUUGAACAGAACAUUGAGGAAUUGAUGGAUUCAGUCUGUGACUUCUGUCAGCUGCCAACUGCAGAAUCAGGUUUUCAAAUGAAACUGAAUGUUGUGGGAUGCAAUGGUUGAGGAGCAUCUUGCCUCGGGACAGAUGACUUAUUACGCACAUUCAUUGUACUUCAGAGUUUACAUUCUUCAUUUCAUACUUUCUGGUGUUACAGCUCACAGCAAAUGUAGCACAUGUUUCCAAAUCUCAAACUGAUGGAGUGGUAUUUUGUUAUUCCCAUUUGUAGGUGGAAGUGUUUCUGUGAAAAAAGAUAUGUUGGAAGAACUUGAGGAGUUUUGAAUUUAGGUUUAGUAUGCUACUCAACUUUUCAUAGGGAUAUUUUGAAUCUUUCCAUCAUACACAAAUCUGAUUCUCAUAAUAUGUCAUGUGUAUGUUUAAAUAGAAUGGCAUAUCGGAUAUUCCUAACAAACAUUGAGUAGUAUAUGAUAAGGUGGCACACCAUGUCACCCCAGCUGUUGUGCUAUAGUAUCAAGAGGUCCUGUACUAGUUGCUAACAAUAUAACUAUUUCAGUAAAAAAUAAUCAAGGUGAACUUAUCAAGUACAGAAUAAUGAUAGUUUUGUGUAUUACAAAACAGAUAGUCAGUCUACCACUGAGAAGGUUGUUUUUACAUUGAUCUAUCAAUUGUCCUGUUACAUAAAUUAGUCUGAUGAACUAUUUUAUUGUGACUCUGCUUGUGUAGUACGUAAUAAUAUGACUACUAUUUUCAGAAUCUCAUGAUUCAUAUGAUUUUAACAUGAAUUAUAGAACACAUCCUUUUCAUUAAAGGAUUAUUUGCAGUUUUCAAAAUUAAGGAUUAAAAUCAGUGGGCCCUUGCAAUAACUCUUAAGUCAGAAGUUAAAACUUUAGCAUGUUGCAGGGGUCCCUAGAUUUCAAUAGUAAUUUAGAAUAAGCAGCAAACCUCAUGGGCCGAAGUCACCCUUUAAUUUGGAACUCUAAUUUAAGUAACUUCGGGGUUUAUGGUUUAUCAUAUGUUUUUUAUGACCGAGGUAACGAUUCAUCAGAUUGGCGUGUGUUAUUGAGUAUUUCACAGGGAACUGAUUGUUCAUAUACAUUGUAUAUUACAACAGUUUUCUGAUUUCUGCGAUCAAGCUCAUAUAACAACAUUUAUGUGCUAAUCAGAUUUCAGCACACACUCCAUUUCGUUUUAGAUACACAUGACAUGCAGCUUGUUGUAAUUUAUGGGAUGCCAUUAGGUGUUUUGUUUAUGCUUGAUGUUCACAAGUCAUUAUUUGUCAUCCAAUUUUAUUUGAAAUCACAGAUUGGUUGCAAAAUGAAAGUAGUUCUCAAAACAACUAUAGACAUAUAAUACAUCUCAGUCAUUACAUUUAAUAUGGAAAGUAUCUGUUGCACUUACAAAGUUUGGUGUCAGUUUUGUAAACUAUGAGCCGUUGUGCUUUGUAAUUAAAUACUUAAAUAAACAGGCUGUUUGAUA